AUGUUUUCACCAAGAGGUAUCGCCUCCAUACUUGUCAAGGCUCCCAGCGACGUUGUCAUUUUAUCCUCAUUGCGCACACCGAUAUGCCGUGCGAACCGGGGAUCCCUCAAGGACGCGUUUCCUGAAGAGCUUCUUGCCUCUGUGCUCAAAGCAACGAUUGACGGAGUACCUAAUCUGGACCCGUCCAUUAUAGAGGAUGUCGCGGUCGGCGUAGUAUUGUAUGAGCUUGGGGGCUCUAAAGCUGCACGUAUGGCUAUGAACCACGUUGGCUACCCAAACACAACGUCCCUCUAUACUGUCAAUCGGGCAUGCUCUUCGUCACUCCAAGCAAUCUCAUCCACCGCUUCUCAGAUUCGAACAGGGAUGAUCUCAGUGGGAAUUGGAGUGGGGAUGGAAAGCAUGACACGGAACUUGGGAUCUCCCGUUAUAGAUGCCCUGGAUUGCAUUCUUCCAAUGGGUAUUACCUCCGAAAACGUCGCAGAGCGGUACGGUAUCUCACGGGAGGAUCAAGAUACUUUUGCAGUCAACAGCCACCUAAAGGCGGCAGAAGCACGGGCAUUUGGGCUUUUCUCGGACGAGAUUGUCCCCGUUACGCAAAAGAAGCCUGACGGACUAGGAGAGGUUGUCGUCGAUACGGAUGAUGGCAUUCGACCUCAGGCAAGUUCGGAAGGCCUAGCAAAGUUGAAACCGGCCUUUAGAGAAAACGGUACCUCCACCGCUGCAAAGGAGCUUGGCUUGAGUGGUAACAUCAUGGGUAAGUUUGUUUCUGCAGUCACAGUAGGCUGUGCACCAGACGAGAUGGGUGUCGGGCCGGUGAUUGCAAUCCCAAAGCUGUUGGAUAGCACUGGCCUCACGAAGGAUGAUGUUCACAGAUGGGAAAUCAACGAGGCUUUCGCGAGCCAGGCAAUCUAUUGCUUAAGAAAACUAGAUGUCGAAAGGGCGUGCCAGAAUAAUAAGUUCAACCCGCAUGGAGGUGCUAUUGCUUUGGGGCAUCCGCUGGGCGCUACAGGCGCAAGGCUAACUAGCACGUUACUACAUGGCUGA